UGAAUCAAAGUAGCAACGGAUGAGUUAAGCUUGACUAAAUUUUUAUUUUAUUCGUUACAAAUUUGUAUCGAUUAAAUGUGCCUGCAUAAAACAACUGUUGUUAUUUUUGUAUCGAAACUACUUGAUUAGCAACUUCCGACAUCAAAUGUUGAAGGUUGAAGGUAAUUGUUUACAAUUUAUUCCUUCUUGAAAAGUGCUCCCACCGAAACUUAUUUAUAUUAUUUAGCAAUCCCAAAAUUUCUUAUUUAUUUACCUGAAAAUUAAGAUAAGUUAUUUGUCAAAAUGGGCUCAACUUGACGGCAAUGCUCUUAACUGCUCAGCAUUAAGACUGCUCUUCAUGAACAAGAAUCAUCGGUGAUUUUAAUUACUUGUUGGUCACGACUCGCAGUCAGAAACGAUGCAGCGGUACGAGAAGCUCGAAAAAAUCGGCGAAGGCACGUAUGGCACGGUUUUCAAGGCCAAGGACCGCGACACGCAGGCUAUCGUGGCGCUCAAACGCGUCCGUCUCGACGACGAUGACGAGGGCGUUCCGUCGUCGGCGCUGCGGGAGAUCUGUCUGCUGAAGGAGCUGCACCACAAGAACAUCGUGCGGCUCAUCGACGUGCUACACUCUGACCGCAAGCUCACCCUCGUGUUCGAACACUGCGACCAGGACCUCAAGAAAUACUUCGACUGCCUCAAUGGCGAGAUCGAUCCCGACGUUGUCAAGAGCUUCAUGUUCCAGUUACUACGUGGGCUGGACUUCUGCCACAACAAAAACAUCCUCCACAGAGACCUCAAACCUCAAAAUCUGCUCAUCAACAAAAACGGAGAGUUGAAGUUGGCCGACUUCGGUUUAGCUCGCGCGUUUGGCAUCCCAGUGCGGUGCUACUCUGCCGAGGUUGUCACGCUGUGGUACCGACCUCCUGAUGUCCUCUUCGGAGCCAAGCUCUACAACACGAGCAUCGACAUGUGGAGCGCUGGCUGCAUAUUUGCUGAGCUCGCCAAUGCUGGCCGCCCCUUGCUGCCUGGUGGUGAUGUGGACGAUCAGCUGAAGCGAAUAUUCAAGCUGCUGGGGACACCAACGGAGGAGACUUGGCCAGGCAUGAGCAGCCUGCCUGACUACCGCCCUCUGCCCCACUACCCCGUCACCAUCAGCCUAAGUCAGCUCUGUCCCAAGCUCAACGCUAAGGGCAGAGACGUUCUGCAGCGUUUGCUGGUGUGCAACCCGAUGCAGCGCAUGAACGCCGCCGACGCCAUGAAUCAUCCAUACUUCGACGACCUACCGUCCUGCGUCAGGAGUUGAGACAAACUCACCACUUAUUUAUUCUUUCCUAUGCCUUAAAAUAUUUUUAUGAUGUUUUUAUAUUGGUCUAUUACUUGUUCAUGACACAAUUAGAGAAUCGAACGCCGUCUUGGGCUUGAACGUAUCUAUCAAAACAUUAUUUUAUGGUAAACCUAUUUCGUGGAUUUGACGGUUCUAUAAUCUUGGAACAGCAACAUUUAUGAGGUGUCAUCUGCAACAUAUUUUUUUCAAAUGAUAUAGAUUGAACUUUUCUAACGAAAUUUGCUAAACAUUGAUGCAUAUUUUUCAGCAAAAAAAAAAAAAAACCAGCUCCACUCAUGGAAAAGCCUUUGUGAUGCAAAAAAACAAUUGAAUUAAAGAUGAAAUUAAGUACCUACUUUUCAUGGCUGAUAAUGAAACUGGGGAAAAAAGGUCCAUUUCGUAUCAUUUGAUUUUCAAUAAGUUGCAAUACAUCGAAAGAUAGUUCAGUUUUUUCUAAAAGAAAACGGUAAUUAGUAUUGAUGAUUCGUGCACCUAAUGCUUCAAUGAUAAAUAUUGUCUUUAUUUUUUGUUAAUAACUUAUACCAUUUCCAAUCGGUCUCUGAGACAGUAAAUUUGCAAAUCCUGGAAGAACUCAAGAAUUGCAUAAUAUGGGAUGGUCCAAAAUGGGUCCCGAAUUUUGCAUCAUAACAACAACAAUCGAUUGCCAAAGAUAUUUGAUCUCUUUUAUUUAUUUACUUAUCUAGUCUCUAAGGUUAAGAUUUCACUAUGGUUAAGGAUCGAUCUCUUAUUUAUUUAAGUAUCUAGUCACUAAGGCUAAGGUUUUCACAUCCAAUGAUAAAUCUGACAUACUCUUGCAUUGUGUCCUCAGAUUUUUAAGUAAAGAGUCAACGUUAA